UUGGUUGCUUCCCCUCGGCAUUCAAUCAUCCUUAGGAAUAAUCAAGUAAAACCUGUGUUAGAGGGUGUUUCAGACCAUGAAGCAUAUGCAGUAGAGGUGGACCCAUCCAACAAAUCCAUCCAGGUGGGGUCUUCUAGGCGAGGUCAUGACCCUACAGAAAACUGCUUGUUACCUCUGCUGAGGUCGGCCUUUUCCUGAGGGUCUGGGAUGCAGGUUCUUCAAUGUUGAAGAUUACAGAGACAUACUGCGCUACGCCAAAACCAGACACAUCGAGGUCAUACCUGAAAUUGACAUGCCAGGACAUAGCUAUGCUAAUAUCAGAGCCAUGAGACAACAGUUAACUAAUAGUCUUCUUUGUAAAUUCUUGCAUAACUUUAUGUUGUCUCCCUUUCAAGUCUUUACUGUAAGUAAUCUCCCCUGCCCAACAGAACAAUGAGAAAGAAGCAAAGAGAUGUUUGCUGACAGAUCCCAAUGAGACAAGCCACAGCUUCUCUGUGCAGAUGAUGGUAGAAAAUUCCAUGAAUCCUGACUUGGAGUCUACUUUUACUUUUGUAGAUGAGGUGGUGAAGAGUGUGGGUCCAUACAGCCGCAGCAAGUUCCCAAACCACAUCUUGGUUCACUUUUGUAGGAAUGUUUGGGAGUCAGGACAAGCAUAUGAUGCACACAAACUGGCCAAUGAAGUCUAUGAGGUCAUUCUGGCACCAGACACUCACCUUUACUUUGACCACCCAUAUGAACCAGACCCUGAAGAGCGAGGCCUGUACUGGGCCUGCCGUUACCUUGACACCCACAAGGUGUUCCGGUUUGUUCCAGAAAAUCUAAUGUUUAACGCAGAUGUCAAGUUGACUGGUGAGAAGAUCACUAAGCUGGACCUGCAGCUGCUCAGGGAGUUUGAAGAUUUUACUGAGCUAAAGAAGCCGAAAAACAUCACAGGUAUUCAAGGCCAAAUCUGGACAGAAUCUGUGAUAUUUCCACUCCUGAUUGCCCUUGCGGAGAGGGCUUGGCACAAAGCACCAUGGGAAGAUGUUGACCCCAAGAAAAGAAAACCCAAAGAAGAUGAAGAUUGGUCUGUCUUUGCCCACAUGUUAGGUAACAAGGAGCUCAAGCGCCUAGAAGCUGCAAAUAUUUUCUACCACAUCCCUCCACCUGGCGCAAGAGUAGCUGAGGACGGUCUGCUAGAACUGAGUAGCUGUUACCCUGGUCAGCCAAUGUCAUACUCAGUGGACAAGGGUCAGACAUGGAAGCCGUACUUAGAUAUGGUGGAUGUUGGUUCCUAUGAUGAGGUGCUAGCUAGAGUCAGCUCCCACAAUGGAUGUCACCACAGUCGAGUGAUUUCAAUCCCCAUUCAGGUGUACCCAGACAGUGAUGAUCAGAAUAACUAACACCACAGGAUGUUUCAUCUGAUGUCACAUGAUGUUCCAUAGCACCUGCCAUCAGAGGAUGUUUGAAUAUUCUAGCCAGUAGCCUCGGUCACAGGAUGAUCCGAAGUGACAUCCUCAUGUGAUGAUGCAG